CAUUUUUGCGGUAAAACUUCCUUCCCUCUUGUUUUUCAUUCGCUAUCACCUAUCGCUUCGCUGCAACCAUUGCCAUUGCUUUCGUAUUCGUUUUAAUAAACGAAAACCACACGUGCAAGUAAUCCAUUAUUUAAUUAUUUUAACAAAUAAAAAUAUUCUAAAAUGUCUGCACCAGCUAAUUUAGAAGGCGAGAACUUCUAUGGAGUCACACUCAGCGAGAAAGAACCUCUUCAACAAUUCGUUGUUGCUGAGACUGACAAAUUUGAAAUGGAACAAAAGCUGGUCAUAAAACAAAUAUGUUUGGGUGCCGAAGCCAAGGAGGGUGAAUUUAAUGUCGUGCAGGUUGAAACAAAAGUAUCGGACAAAAAGGACCUUAAAAUACCAAUUGCUGUGUUAAAGGUUGGCGAAACCCGUUUCCUUAGGCCAAAUCUCGAAUUUCCAUCGGCAUCGGUGACAUUCAAACUUAUCCAAGGCACUGGUCCAGUGUAUAUUCACGGUCAACACAUCGUGAACGAGACCGAUGCCGAAGAGGUCUACUACGAGGAAGAGGAAACCGGUGACAUGGACGAUGAAGCACCCCCACAAACAAAUGGCAAAGCAAAGUAGAAGUGGUGAAGACGUGGGCUCCAAGCCUACUCGCAAGCAGAUGUUAUGACCAAGAGAUACAAAACUUGGUUAUAGGGUUAGAGUACAUUCUUGUAAUUUUUAAGGUCACGAAUUCGAAAGAAUUCCUACAGACGAGACGGCAACAUGUAAUAUAAAUGAUUUAUUCCCAAAGUCAUUUGUUUUAUAUAAUUAAAAAGAAAAAAUAUAUACCUUCAAUAAAAGUAAUGAGACAAUUUACAGUAA